AUGGAAUCUUUGCCUCAAAAAUCGCCUCCAAUUGCUCCGAGAUCUGUGGUUUCAACGAAAGUUUCGAAGCCACUGUAUACUCCUGUUGUUGGCUACGGACCUUCAUUUGUUCCCUACGGGAGUAUGCUCUCCCUCAACUCUUUAAUUCUAGAAAACGAGCGCCCGAAAAAUAAAAAGAAGAAAAAAUGCAAAGCUAUAAAAAAUUUCUUCAAGUUCAUGUUUGGUUGCGUGAUUCCAGAUGUCAAAGAUUGA